CCGGGUUGCCGAAUGGAUAUUUUCGAAUUAUUUCUGGACUAUCCAUUGACAUAACUCUUGUAUUUGUUGACCGCCUUGGGUCUGGAGUGCGAGCUCUUCCGAACUCCUCUCCCUCAUCCCCCAGACGAACAUCUCACCUACUUUCCCCGACACUCCUGCACUUAACCCCGAAGACGUCGUAACACCCCCCUCGAAACACCCCUCAGGACCAUCUGACCUAUUUAACUGCUUUAAUUCCCUCAAAGCUCACUUCUUUCGCUCUUCUUCGCGCUCUUCAAUAAUUCCACUUCAAUAUAAAUAUAUCACACUCCUGUAAUCAUGGCCGCUUCAAGAGCCUCGUCACGCGCUCUCAAGCACCUCGCCGCUAGCAGCAGACAGCAGACGCGUAGCCUUUCUAUGACGGGCCCGGCUACGUUCUCGUCGCUGCUUACCUCCGAACGACCUGCAGUACACCUUCCCCGGGAUAUUGCUGGCCUCCAGGCCGAAUGCCAGAAGCGCAAUCUCCCCACGACUGGAUCAAAGGCUGAGCUCACGGAUCGCUUAACUGCCAACGACCUCACCAAUGUCCGCACCUUCAGCACCGCAGUCCAGGACUCACGACGGCCGAUUGUGGAAACCGCGGAUGCUGGAAGUCCCGUCCGGCACUUCAAUACUAGUCGAGCACUCAAGGCCGUGAAUGACAGCUCUACAAUCGACUUUGCCUUUUUCCCCGAUUACGACCCAGAUACGAAGGAUGCACCUAUCAUCCGGGUUCCAAUACUGCCGAAUGUAUCGACGAAGUCAUAUGCUGCCGAGGAGGUUGACGAGCCGGUCAUGCUCCCUACCAUCCAUACUGUUGCGGCCGACGGAACCCACAUCCAUGCCCCGGCCGCCAUGUCCGAAGUCUCCGACAACAACUCCGUCGAUUUCCAGGGAAUGGCGGCAAAAGUCGCGAGUAAGUUUGGCAAGCCCGUGGAGCAGCAGGCGAGCAUGGCCAAGGAGCUGUGGGGCGGCUUAAUGGAUGAUCUCCUUGGCCCCAAAGGUUCCAAAGCCUAGAUUCUAUCAUAGCCAUAAUUCAGGUAUUGUCGGUCCAUCUCGAUUGUCAUGGGCUUGAGGAGGGACCCCGAUACCUUGGGACAUUUUCUAGCCCGCGUAGGAACGAGCGGAGCGGUUGAAGGCGUUACUUUGUUCGAGAUCUUCAGCAUGAUGUCUUUUUGGGGUGUUUUGGGAGGACCGGUCCGGCUUGAAGUGCUCGAGCUUAUGAGACACGAAUUCCAUUUCAGCUUUCUAAAACUUUCUUGAAGUUGCUUUUCUUCUUC